AUGCCCUACAUCACCGAGGUCACAUCUGGCGGCUGGCGGACAUCCGACAUAUUCUCCAAGUUGCUCCAGGAACGGAUAGUGUGUCUCAAUGGAUCGAUUGACGAUACCGUCUCAGCUUCGAUAGUAGCCCAGCUGCUGUGGCUCGAAUCCGACAACCCCGACAAGCCCAUUACCAUGUACAUCAACUCGCCCGGCGGCGAGGUGAGUUCCGGGCUCGCCAUCUAUGACACAAUGACGUACAUCAAGUCUCCAGUCUCGACGGUGUGUGUUGGGGGUGCUGCCUCGAUGGCAGCUAUUCUCCUCGUUGGCGGCGAGCCCGGGAAGAGGUACGCACUGCCGCACAGCUCCAUCAUGGUGCACCAGCCGCUGGGCGGGACUCGCGGCCAGGCGGCCGAUAUCCUCAUUUACGCCAACCAAAUACAAAGGAUACGAGAACAGAUCAACAAAAUCGUGCAGAAACAUAUCAAUAAGUCGUUCGGCUAUGAGAAGUACGAUAUGCGGGCCAUCAACGACAUGAUGGAGCGCGACAAGUAUUUGACAGCUGAGGAGGCGAAGGAUCACGGUAUUAUAGACGAAAUCCUAACACAGAGGUCCAAGGAGGACAGCAAGUCCGGGUCUGCUGGCACCAGCCAGGUGAAGCCAUGA